AUGAUUUCGGGAAUUCGGUCCAUGGCGCUGUUAUUGCUCCUCCUGGAAUCUUGUCUCAGGUCAGACUCUGCUGAAUACAACGGUUUCAGGGAGCGCGAAGGGCGCCUCUACACCGCUGUUGUCGAGGUGCCCAACGGCGGACCCUGGGGAGACUGGGCGUGGCCCGAGAUGUGUCCGGAUGGAUUCUUCGCCAGUGGCUUCUCCCUCAAGGUCGAGCCCUCCCAGGGCAUCCCUGUAGAUGACACGGCCCUGAACGGAGUCCGGCUUCACUGCUCCCGAGGCGACGCUGAGCGUAACACUCACGUAGUGGAGUCUCAGUCUGGCAGGUGGGGAGCAUGGUCUGAGCCGCAGUGGUGUCCUGAUGGCAGCUUCCUCAACUCCUUCUCCCUACGGGUGGAAGAGCCUAGGAUUCCUGGAGACAAUACUGCUGCUAACAACGUGCGCUUCCGCUGCUCAGGGGGCGAAGAAGUGGAGGGGCCCGGCCUGGAGUGGGGCGAGUUUGGAUCUUGGAGUGACAGUUGCCCCAAGGGUGUGUGCGGCCUCCAAACCAAACUGGAGGCCCCUCGUGGCCUCAGAGAUGAUACAGCACUCAACGACCUUCGUCUUUUCUGUUGUAGCAGCUGA